AUGGGCACCAACGCUUCCCUGGUGACUGAGUUUGUACUGGUGGGCUUCUCGCGUCUGGUCCACCUUCAAGGCCUCCUCUUCUCCCUCUUCCUGGCUGUCUACCUGCUCACUGUGGCAGGCAAUCUCCUCAUUGUGGCGCUAGUCUCCACAGACGCAGCGCUGCAAUCCCCCAUGUAUUUCUUCCUCCGCAUCCUCUCAGCCCUAGAGAUCUGCUACACGUCGGUCACCGUCCCCUUGCUGCUGCACCAUCUGCUCACUGGUCGGCGCCACAUCCCGCGCUCCGGCUGCGCUCUGCAGAUGUUCUUUUUCCUCUUCUUUGGCGCCACCGAGUGCUGCCUGCUAGCUGCCAUGGCUUAUGACCGCUAUGCUGCUAUCUGCGAGCCCCUGCGCUACCAAAUGCUGCUCAGCAGGCGGGUGUGUGUGCAGCUCGCCGGCGCGGCGUGGGCCUGCGGGGCUCUGGUGGGGCUGGGCCACACCUCCUUCAUCUUCUCCUUGCCUUGCUGUGGCCCCAAUGCUAUCCCUCACUUCUUCUGUGAGAUUCAGCCCGUGCUGCAGUUGGUGUGUGGAGACACCUCGCUCAACGAGCUGCAGAUUAUCCUGGCUGCCGCCCUCAUCAUCUUGUGCCCCUUUGGCCUCAUCCUUAGUUCCUAUGGGCGGAUUCUGGUCACUAUCUUCCGCAUCCCAUCAGCUGCUGGUCGCCGCAAGGCCUUCUCCACCUGUUCUUCCCACCUGGUAGUGGUAUCUCUCUUCUACGGUACUGCCAUCUUUAUCUAUAUCCGCCCUAAGGCCAGCUACGACCCAGCCACGGACCCCCUGCUGUCCCUCUUCUACGCUGUGAUCACCCCCAUCCUCAAUCCUGUCAUCUACAGCCUGAGGAAUGCUGAUGUCAAGGCCGCGCUAAAAAGAAGUAUCCAGAAAAUGGGGCCCUCGGAGAUUUGACAAGGUGCGGGAGAUGACUCCUGAACAGAACUCCAGGUUCCUAAUUACCGAGGAUCAAAGGAGAAGAGACUUGGAACACAG